CGGCCGAGGAGAGGUCGAAAAACACCGACCCUCAUCCCGACUCUCCCACUCCUCCUCCUCCGUCUGCUGGCUUCAUCUUGUCUUGAUUUACCGGGACAGAAGAGCAGAAACACUCGUUCAGAGACAGACGAAGCUCGUUUGUGUCCGUUUGUUUAGUCGUUAGUUGUUUACGUCUGGCUUUAAUGAAGUUUAGCAGCCGUCUUUAGCCUGUUAGCUUCAGUUUUCCGUUAGUUUUAAUGAGGAGGAGCGGCUAGCGUUAGCCUAGCUUCCAGUUUGAAAAACAGUUUGUAGAAAGCGAAUUUAAAGUUUUCGCUGCCAGCGGAAGUUCAGUAAGGUGUUUGACAGUUUGUAGAUGUAAAGAGUUUUGUUUCUAACAGAUUUAAAGCUGAUGAAAGAAACUUCACUGCCAGAAGGGGUUUUGAUUGAUCUAAUGAUCAGUUUCAUAAUUGAUUACUGUAUUGAUUCCACAUUUCCUUAAUGUUUCAAAUCACACUGAAAGCGUCCAGAGACGUUGAACGGUUUGACAGUUUCUGAGGUCUUUGAAAGUUUUGGGAAGUUUGGGUGUUUUGACAGUUUCUGAGGUCUUUGAAAGUUUUGGGAAGUUUGGAUGUUUUGACAGUUUGAGGUCUUUGAAAGUUUUGGGAAGUUUGUGGAUGUUGCAUGGCAAGUGGCAAUAACAAGUAGAGAGUUGCAUAAUGUUACUUAGUGAAAGUACAGAGUAUUAUCAGAGGACCAUGCAGUCAUUCCUCGCUCGCCCCCGCCUUUAGAGAGAGAGAGAGUGUGUGUGUGUGUGUGUGUGUGUGUGUGUGUGUGUGAGAUCCAGGAUGGGGUUCGGUCGGGACCUGAAGAACUCCCACGAGGGAUUACUGAAGCUGCAGGACUGGGAGUUAAAGCUGCUGGAGACGGUGAAGCGCUUCAUGACGCUGCGAGUGAAGAGCGAUAAAGAGUACGCCGCCCUGCUGCUCAGCAUGACUCAGCAAACUGAGAAACAGGAAGCCGCUGAUUACGUCAGCACGGUCAGCAAGUCGUGGUCUCAGGUGAUCCGCCAGACGGAGGCGUUGGGUCGGGUCAUGAGGAGUCACGCUGAUGAUCUGAACUCCGGUCCUCUGCACCGCCUGGCAACGCUGAUCCGAGACAAGCAACAGGUGAAGAAGAGCUACCAGAGUCUUCAUCAGCAGCUGGAAAGCUACAACCACAAGGUGACCAGAAGCGACCUGGACAAACUGAAGGCGACGUAUCGUCAGCUGAGCCGCGACGCUAACAACGCUAAAGAGAAAUACCGAGAGGCUCUGGCCAAAGGCCGGGAGGCAGAGCGUGCCCGGGAGCGUUACGACAAAGCGACGGCGAAGCUCCACAACCUUCAUAACCAGUACGUUUUGGCGGUGUGCGGCGCUCGAACGCAGCAGGACGAACACCGGCGCCGCGCUGCACCGGCGCUGCUGGACGCCCUGCAGAGGAUGCAGGAGGACAUGACGCUCGCCCUUAAAAGUAUCCUGGAGGAGUACUGCGAGAUCAGCAGUCUGCUGACGGAGGAGAUCGUUAAGGUUCAUCAGGAGAUUUCGGCCGCUGUUGAGCAGAUCGACCCGCUGGCCGAGUACCAACACUUCAUCGACGCCUACAGGUCUCCGGAGACUCCCGAGGCGAACGUGGAGUUCGACGCGUCUCUAUUGGAGGAGACGGACAACCUGCCGGCCAAUGAGAUCCUCUGGAACACGCUGACGGCUGACAGCCUGCAGGCCAUGUUGUCGUCAGCGACGGAGGAGCUGGCGCUGACUCAGCAGAAUCUGCGGACGAAGGAGGCGUUGGCCGACGACCUCGACACCAAAAUCCAGACGAGUCAGCGGAGCGCCGAGAGGAAGAGCGACUGUGUCCUGCUGCUCAGCCAGAAACUCUCUCUCCUCGAGCUUCAUCACGCCGUCCAAUCGCUGCACGGCUCUGAGGCCCGCCUCGCCUCCCAGAAGGCCCUGCUGGACGCCAAGAUGGCUGCCGCCGCCGCCUCCCCGCCCCCGCCGCCGCCUCCCCCCGCGCUGCCGUACGAGGACGACGCCCGCUCUGUCGGCUCCACUGACAAAACGAAGGAGAGGAGUUCUCGGUUCGACACUCUUCGUCACUCUCUGGCCGGGAUGAUUCGGUCUCCUAAAGCGACGCUGGGCUCCUCCACAUCGCAGUUCUUCGAUGUGAUCCCGACAUCGGAGCGCCCCCUGGCGGAGCAGGAGUGGUAUCACGGGGCCAUCCCCCGCACCGAGGCUCAGGAGUUACUACGGCAACAGGGGGACUUCCUGGUGAGGGAGAGUCACGGUAAACCGGGCGAGUACGUCCUGUCGGUGUUUUCUGACGAGCAGAGACGACACUUCAUCAUCCAGUACGCCGACAGUCAGUACCGUUUUGAAGGGACGGGCUUCUCCACCAUCCCUCAGCUCAUCGAGCAUCAUUUCUCCACCAAACAGGUCAUCACCAAGAAGUCUGGAGUCGUGCUGCUCAACCCUGUCGUCAAGGAUAAGAAGUGGAUCCUCAACCAUGAGGACGUAGUGCUGGGGGAGCUGCUGGGAAAGGGUAACUUCGGCGAGGUGUUUAAAGGGACACUGCAGCGCGACAAAACGCCGGUCGCCAUCAAAACGUGUAAAGAAGAUUUACCUCCAGAGCUGAAGAUCAGGUUCCUGUCUGAGGCCAGGAUCCUGAAGCAGUACGACCACCCGAACAUCGUGAAGCUGAUUGGUGUUUGUACGCAGCGGCAGCCGAUCUACAUCGUCAUGGAGCUGGUUCCUGGUGGAGACUUCCUGUCCUUUCUGAGGAAGAAGAAGGACGAGUUAAAGACGAAGCAGCUCGUUCGCUUCUCUGUCGAUGCUGCUGCCGGUAUGGCGUACCUGGAGAGUAAGAACUGCAUCCACAGGGACCUGGCAGCGAGGAACUGUCUGGUGGGAGAGGGCAGUGUGUUGAAGAUCAGUGAUUUUGGGAUGAGUCGUCAGGAGGACGACGGUAUUUAUUCUUCAUCUGGACUCAAACAGAUUCCCAUCAAAUGGACCGCUCCAGAGGCUCUCAACUACGGUCGUUACAGCUCAGAGAGUGACGUGUGGAGUUAUGGGAUCCUGCUGUGGGAGACCUUCAGUCUGGGGGUGUGUCCUUAUCCUGGGAUGACCAAUCAGCAGGCCCGAGAGCAGGUGGAGAAAGGUUACAGGAUGGCGUGUCCUCAGCGUUGCCCUGACGACGUGUACAAAGUGAUGCAGCGCUGCUGGCAGUACAACCCUGAAGAGCGACCCAAGUUCUCUGAGCUGCAGCGCGACCUCGCCGCCAUCAAGAAGAAGUGAUGACAUCAUCCCAAAGUCCAGUCGUGUCCUCAGCAAAGAAGUUACCUUUUUCAUGUUUGUUUGGAGGUGGGCGUGGUCGGCAGGUGAAGGCGAUGCAGAGGCGCCAACAUGAAGUCUUUCCAGAAACAAAAGAUGAUUUUUUUUUUUUAAAGUACUAAAAGUUUUGGGAAAAAACACUAAAAACAGACCAAACAUCUGAAAACAGAUUAAAGUCAGACGUCGACACUACAGAACAGCCAAACCGACAACUGAAAAACCUGCUGGUUAAACAGGAAGUUAGCUAACGCGGCUAAGGGCUUAGCAUGAGCGUAGUGAGGGUUCUUGCUCACUGACAGAAUGUUAAAGUUCAGGUGUGGUCUGAUUGCACUUUGUUCUGCGUGCAUCAAUAUGUGUUGAACGUAUUGAUGAAGAACUGAUCAGUAAUUGGUUUAAAUAUCAGAAGCUAAUUUCAAACAAAAACUGUAAAGUCUUUAAAGAGAAAUUUUUUAGCUUAAAACUGACGUGUUUUCAGACGUUUUAAUGUUUAAAUAUAACAUCAGGUGAUUCAUACCUGUAGUUACGCGUUUUAACGAAGAAGAUUUUUUACUGACUGAAACUGAAAGCAGUGAAAGUGACUUCAGUCUCCACCUUCAGCUGUUUGAACUGUUAGCUACAUGUUCAAACAGUUAGCGAGGGACUCGAUGGACCGCUAGGACCUGCAAGGUCACGUGACCGGUGGUCUAGGCUAGUUUUUGGUAGCCUUGCUAGCUUGUCUACUUGAAGUGUAGAAGGUGAAACGAAGAACUGAAGCUGUAAAUCAACCUGCGGCGUUUAUUCUUUAUUUCUCUCUUCAGGUUCGAACGGAGCAAAAAUGUUGAAAUAUGAAAACUACGAUCAUCUUAAUGAAUGAUAAUACAAACCAAACUUAAUCAGAUUUUGAAAACCACAUUUAAGGGUCCCUGACGUCCUGCUCAGGGUCCGGGGUUUUGUCAGAAUACAGGACAGAAAUAUCAGAUCUGAGAUCAAAGCUGCUGAUUAUAGCAAACAUCAUUUUUAAUAAUCAGUUCCUGCUGAAAUAUACAAACUCAUAAACCAACGAUGAUGAGAAUAAACAUGCUAACAGAAUAGCUCGCUAGCGGCACCUGGCGGGUGUUAGCGGUCCCUGAAGGAGCCUCAAACGCUGAAACUCCUCAUUGGACCGGAGGAGUUCCCGAAACAAAGAGAGUCAGAGAGAAACAACGUCGCGUUACAAACAAACGUCUCUUCCUGUUCCGUCGGACGUGUUUCCUGUUUACGUUUAUCAGCUGACAGACUUCCUGUCAUCAGACGGUGGUGGUGUGUUGUGACCUUUGACCUUAAAGUGACUCUGAGCUUUAAAUAAACUAAUAAAAUUAACUACUUAUAGUCAAAAGCCUCAAACACACACUUUAUUAAAACCUUUUAAAUCGAAAUAUUUACUCGAAUCAUUUCUAUUUAUUUUGAAACACUUUUUUUGUUUAAAACACUAAAAAAACAACUUUUUACAAAAUAAGCUAAAAAUGAAAAGAUCCGAGCGACGUCGGCAGGUGACGGUCAGACGUUAAGCCACGCCCAUCGCCACGCCACCUGUAACUACGGUAACCAUGGCAACGGCUUGAACACUAAAACGUUUCCACUGCUGAGGACCAAUCAGCUGUUAACACCAACACUGACACUGUUUCUAUUUUUAUUUAUUACGUUUUUAUUAACUUUAUUUUUUUUUACGUUUCUCAGAUUUUAUGUCAGAAGCUUGACUUGCAAAAAAAAAAACAUUGACAAACUGAACUGACCUUUAUUCUGAAAACCAGCUGUCAAUCAUCACACAGACCACGCCCACCCUGGCCUUUGUUUGUUUCGUGUGUUUUUGACCAAUCAGCGAUUUCAAGUGUUUUGUCGGCUAAAAAAUUCUUAUUAAAAAAAACUGGGGGAAGUGAAAAGUUUUGCUUUAAAUGUUUUAAAUUUAUAAAAACUAAAUUUAGGGGAAACAAACAAACAAACGGGAAAAAGAAAUCGGCACUUAUUCGUAUAUUUCCUGGUUGUCAUGGUAACUGAAAUAAUGUUGGACCACUUGAAAAAGUAAAAAAAAAAAGACCUGUGUAAAUUAAUCUUGAGUCCUGAUUGGUCAGCAUCACUUCCUGGACUGUGUGAGGGCGGAGCCUAAAUGUUAGUGAUGUCAGAGCGCCGCCUACUGUUACUGUAAAUAAAUUCAAGAUGUUUUUACA